AUAUGACCGCGAUUUGAUUUCGUAAUCUUUUUACGAUUUUAUUUAUUGACCUAUGAAAGGUUAUAUGCUUGUUCAUUCGUUAUCUGCACAAAAAUACAGCUUAUAUAAAUGUACAACAGUGACAUCAACAUUUAUUAAUCGUUGAUAUGUCGCAGAAUUUCUGCAGUUCUAUAGUAGGAGCGAUUCAGAAUUUAUAUAUACAAUGUCCGAUAAAGGCAAUGUAUCACAGGAUAAAUCCAAAGAUGGGAUAGAAAACCAACCAGAAAACUUAUCAUUGGCAUUUGAUCCAACUGAACAUCAACAUAUACGAUAUAAUCCAUUAAAAGGAGAAUGGGUACUAGUAUCACCACAUCGUAUGAAACGACCCUGGGGAGGACAAAUAGAACCUAGUACAGAUGAAGAACUUUCAGAUUAUGAUCCUAAAAAUCCACUUUGUCCAGGCAAUGUCAGAGCUAAUGGAGAAAUUACUCCAAUGUACCAAAACACAUUUUCAUUUGUGAAUGAUUUUCCUGCUUUAUUGGAGUCUGUGCCAAAUCCACCAAAAUUGGAUGAUGAAUUAUUUCAAAUGGCGUCUGCCAAAGGUACUUGCAAAGUGAUGUGCUUUCAUCCAAAGUCAAAUGUUACAAUAGCAUUGAUGAAAAUUCAUGAAAUCAAAGAAGUGGUGAAACAGUGGAUCUUUGAGAUGCUGGAGUUGGGCAAGAAAUGGACUUGGGUUCAGAUAUUUGAAAAUAGAGGUGCACUGAUGGGUUGCAGCAAUGCACAUCCUCAUUGCCAGAUAUGGGCCAGUUCGUUUUUACCGAAUGAAGCUAGAAUAAAAGAUGAAUAUUUAAGUGACUAUUAUAAACGAAACAAGAAACCUCUUCUCAUUGACUAUAUGCAAAAAGAAGUUUUAAAGAAGGAGCGUAUUGUAAUUGAGAAUCGAGAUUGGAUAGCUAUAGUACCAUUUUGGGCUGUUUGGCCUUAUGAAACUAUGGUACUACCAAAAAAGCAAGUAACUAGAAUGCAAGAUUUGUCAGAUAGUCAACAAGAAUCUCUAUCUGUCAUUAUAAAAAGAUUGUGUACGAAAUAUGAUAAUCUGUUUCAAUGCUCUUUUCCAUAUUCGAUGGGGUGGCAUGGUGCUCCAACCGGCACACAUAUUAACGAUGAUUAUCCAUAUUGGACAUUCCACGGGAUAUAUUUGCCACCUUUAUUACGAUCUGCUACCAUAAAGAAACAUAUGGUAGGCUAUGAGCUUUUAGCUCAGUCACAAAGAGAUUUGACACCGGAACAAGCAGCAGAAAAAUUAAGAAGUUUACCAGAGUUUCACUACAAAUACCCGGAAACUAGUUUAACUGCUGAGGAGAUAGAAAAAUAUUCCAAUUAAAUAUAUUGUAUAUAUUGUAUAUGUCCCAGACUUGUGUAUUACUCGUAAUAACAAAUUUCUGAGAUUUGUGGAGACAAAAAUCUUAUUAUUUUAAGAUGUAAUAUAUAUAUAUAAUAUUGAA